AUGGUCGGGCGUAACCCCGCGGUGCCGAGGCGCACCGUUCGCGUCGCCGGCCGCGCCGUGCAGACGACGGUGACCGCGCGCCCGGCCGUCGCGCGGCGGUGGCUCCACUCCACCUUGUGGCGCGAGGGCCGCGCGCUCCGCUCCGCCGCCGGCCUCACCGUGGGCCUGGGCGUGCAGUGGACGCCGCCGUUCCGCAAGCUUCCCGUCGGCGCCGAGCCGCGUCCGGGCACGUUACAGCUCUGCGCCGGGAACAGAUGCUUAGUGUUCCAGCUCGUGCGGGCCGGGGCGGUACCCCGGAUCCUCCGCCGGUUCCUGGCGGACCCCCGCGUCACGUUCGCGGCCUACAACGCGGGGUCCGACCGCCGGAAGCUGCGAGCGCACCACGGGCUGGAGGUGGGGUCGGCGCUCGAGCUCCGCGGCUCCGCCGGCAUGGGCAACACGUCCUUGACGGACAUGGCGCAGAGGCUGCUGGGGAUCCGCGGGGUGGAGAAGUCGACGAAGGUUGCCACCAGCGACUGGGACGGGGAGAGGCUGUCCCGGAAGCAGGUGUGUUCAGGGGCUGAGGACCGCCCCGUGAUGUGA